AUGGCAACUGCAGAAGGAGGUCGAUUCGACUUUGAUGAUGGUGGCAGCUACGUGGGUGAGUGGUGCGAGAACCGAGCUCAUGGCUUUGGUAUCGCUACGGGCCCGGAUAAUCAGGGAGAGUACUCCGGCGAGUGGAACAUGGGCUUCGAGUCGAGGGGCGUCUAUGUGUGGCCCUCGGGUAACCUCUAUGCAGGAGGCUGGCUCAAGGGCAAGCGGCACGGAGAGGGAGUGCAAAUCAAGGGCCGAUGGAUUUAUCGGGGCGCUUUUACGUCUGGAUUCUAUGGACGCUAUGGAGUCAAGGAGUCUUUAACUACAUGUGCGCGGUAUGAGGGCAGUUGGCAUUUAAACCAGUUUGAUGGGUUCGGCGUGGAGACCAACUCAGAUGGAAUUGUAUCGGGAGUCAGUGGACAAGGGGUGCGAGCGCCUUGGUCUCUUCAUCCACCACCUCUUCCAGACAUUAAUGUGGAUGAGAGGACCUAA